CUAGCCGGUGUUCUUACCCUCGUCGCGUAGUUCGUGCACCAAAACUUUAACUAUUGGAAGCGUCGCGGUAUUCCCCACGAUGCACCCAAAAUUCCAUUCGGCAAUACCAGCGAGUCUAUGAAGACUAUGCAACUCUCGGAUAUUUUCAAAAGGACCUACUUUAAGUUUAAGAAUAAGACCGAUGGACCGUUCGUUGGAUUUUAUUUAUAUUUUAAAAAGACGGCGGUGGUCACCGAUAUUGAUUUCGCUAAGACUGUGCUGAUCCGCGAGUUUGACAAGUUCCACGAUCGCGGAAUGUUUCACAACGAGCGAGAUGAUCCGCUGUCCGCUCACCUGGUAAACCUCGAGGGUCAGAAGUGGAAAACCCUGCGCCAGAAACUGACUCCCACAUUCACCUCUGGCAAAAUGAAGACCAUGUUUCCCACCAUUCUGGACGUGGGGGAUGAUAUGAUUCGGGUAUUUGAAAGGAAAAUUUCCGAAAGUAAGGACUCCUUGGAGAUCACUGACUUAUUGGCCCGUUUUACCGCCGACGUCAUUGGAACUUGUGCCUUCGGUUUGGAUUGUCACAGUUUAUCCGAUCCUAAGGCGGAAUUUGUCCAAAUGGGAACUGCCGCCAUCACCGAACGACGUUAUGGAAAAUCGAUGGAUUUGUUUCUCUUCGGGGCCCCAAAAUUGGCGGCCAAGUUGCGUAUGAAGGGAAAUGUCCAAAAGGUCGAGGACUUUUACAUGAAUAUCAUUAAGAACACUGUGAAUUAUCGCGUAAAAAACAAAGUGAAACGAAACGAUUUUAUGGAUAUGCUGAUUGAUAUGAAAUUAAAAUACGAUAAUGGCGACAAGCAAAAUGGGUUAACCUUUAAUGAAAUUGCUGCCCAGGCUUUCAUAUUUUUCUUGGCUGGCUUUGAAACAAGCUCUACAACCAUGGGAUUUGCUCUAUAUGAGUUGGCCUCCAAUCAGGAUAUUCAGGAUAAACUAAGGGCUGAGGUGAAUAGCGUUUUGGAGAAACAUAAUGGAAAACUAGACUAUGACAGCAUGCGGGAGAUGACUUAUUUAGAGAAGGUUAUCGACGAGACCAUGCGGAAGCGUCCGGUAGUGGGUCAUUUAAUUCGCGUUGCAACCCAACGUUAUGAGCACACCAAUCCAAAGUAUUACAUUGAAAAAGGCACAGGAGUGAUUGUGCCGACCUGGGCCAUUCAUCAUGAUCCCGAGUUCUACCCGGAACCGGAGAACUUUAUCCCAGAGCGGUUCGAUGAGGAUCAGGUGCAACAGCGUCCCGCUUGCACCUUCCUUCCAUUUGGGGAUGGUCCCCGAAACUGCAUUGGUCUUCGCUUUGGUCGGAUGCAGGUCGUCGUUGGAAUGGCGCUGCUCAUCCACAACUUUAAGUUCGAGUUGCACCCUACCAAGACAGUCGUACCCUUAGAAUAUAGGACCGAUGAUAUUCUGCUGAGUUCAAAGGGGGGAAUUCAUCUAAAAGUCAGCAGAUUAGGAAUGUAA